AUGUCCUCGCCCGGGGACCCGAGUCCCGUGGCUGGGGAGCUGCCCGGAGCUGGGCCACAGGGGUCGGCGGCCGCAGGGGCGCUGCUGCUUUGUGGGCUGGCGGUACUGCUAGGCUGGGUCUGGCUGCGGUGGCAGCGCGCAUGCGGCAUCCCUCCGGGACCCGCGCCCCGGCCACUCGUGGGUAACUUCGGCCACUUGCUGGUGCCACGCUUCCUGCGGCUGCAGUACUGGCUGGGUUCGGGCAGCCAGAAGGAGUCCGUGGGCCAGCACGUGUUCCUGGCCAAGUUGGCCGGUGUCUACGGCAAAGUCUUCAGCUUUUUCAUCGGCCACCGCCUGGUGGUGGUCCUCAGCGACUUCCACAGCGUGCGCGAGGCGCUAGUGCAGCAGUCAGAAGUGUUCAGUGACCGCCCGCAGAUGCCGCUCAUAUCCAUCUUGACCAAGGAGAAGGGGAUUGUGUUUGCACACUAUGGUCCAAUAUGGAAACAGCAGAGGAAAUUCUCCCAUUCGACCCUUCGCCAUUUUGGCUUGGGAAAGCUUAGCCUGGAGCCCAAGAUUAUUGAGGAGCUCAAGUACGUAAAAGAAGAAAUGGAAAAGCACGGCGACGCCCCCUUCAACCCUUUCCCAAUCAUCAGCAAUGCCGUCUCUAACGUCAUCUGCUCCCUGUGCUUUGGCCAGCGCUUUGACUACACCAACAGGGAAUUUAAAAAGGUUCUGGAUUUCAUGUCUCGGGGGUUAGAAAUCUGCUUGCACAGUCAGCUCUUCCUCAUCAACAUAUGCCCCUGGUUUUACUACCUUCCCUUUGGACCAUUUAAGGAACUCAGGCAAAUUGAAAGGGACAUAACCUGUUUCCUUAAAAACAUCAUCAAAGAGCAUCAGGAGUCUCUGGAUGCCAGCAACCCCCAGGACUUCAUAGACAUGUACCUUCUGCACAUGGCAGAGGAGAGGAAGAGCGGCGGUGGCGGCAGCAGCUUCACCGAGGAUUACCUGUUCUACAUCAUCGGGGACCUCUUCAUCGCCGGCACCGACACCACGACCAACUCUCUGCUUUGGUGCCUGCUGUAUAUGUCACUGAACCCCAGCGUGCAAAAAAAGGUUCAUGAAGAAAUUGAAAAAGUCAUUGGUCAUGAUCGAGUACCUUCCCUCACAGACAAGGCCCAGAUGCCAUACACAGAAGCCACCAUCAUGGAGGUACAGAGGUUAUCCAUGGUGGUGCCGCUCGCCAUUCCUCACAUGACCUCAGAGGAAACAGUCCUCCAAGGAUACACCAUUCCUAAAGGCACAGUGGUCCUACCCAACUUGUGGUCAGUACACAGAGACCCAGCCAUUUGGGAGAAGCCAGAUGACUUCUGCCCUGAUCGAUUUCUGGAUGACCAAGGACAACUUUUGAAAAGAGAAACUUUUAUUCCUUUUGGGAUAGGGAAGCGGGUGUGCAUGGGAGAGCAGCUGGCAAAGAUGGAAUUAUUCCUGGUGUUCGUGAGCCUCAUGCAAAGUUUCACCUUUGCUUUACCCGAGGGUUCCGAGAAGCCCUCCAUGACUGGGAGAUUUGGUCUAACACUAGCCCCACACCCAUUUAAUGUAACUGUCUCAAAAAGAUGAAGAUGCUACUGAGAAGAGAGGAGGGGACAGCAGCCAAUAUGUGUCCUAGACAGCCUUCCCGCUGCUGUUGAGCCCGGGCCCAUCAACUCGGCACGUGAGAGAUUCCAGACGAGAGACGGAGAGGGCUCCUCAGCAGGACUCCUCGCAUGGCAGUGAUGCCCACGGCCCACAGGGAAGCAUGGAUGCUGCCUCCAUUGGGAGGCAGGCCUUUUCGUCUCAGCCUCCAUUGUCCCAUGGUAAAACGAGGAUAAUGGAAUUUCUGUCCACUUCUCAACUCUGAGGGGACCGAAUGCAUCAUGCAUCUCUGCUGUUAGUUAGCAAAUGCAA